AUGGCUCGAGGGGUUACUAUACUUUGCUACACUUGGCUUGUAAGACGCUCAAAAAGCUACAAUUCGCGACUGGUUCAAACCCAGUUCAACACAAGUAGACCUGCUAUGUACUUGUCUUGUUGCCGUAAAUGGGUAGCGACCCGACUUAUGCAUGGUGAUCAUCGCACCAUAUCAGUCAAUGUGGACGCUUCCUUCUUCCUUACCCGUGCUGUUCUUCCACACAUGAGGAAGCAGGGAUAUGGUCGAAUCAUUCAUAUUGCCUCCUAUACAUUCGAGGAACCAGAAUUAGGUCUUGGUGUCUACGAUGCAUCCAAAGCUGCUAUUAUCGGAUUGGUUCACGCAGCUUCGGUUGAGGCUGGACUUGGUGUGACCGUGAAUGCUGUGAUGCCUGAGUUGAUUCGGAUGGACCAAGUGUGGAAUGCAGGUGUUCUCCCACCCUCUGUUUGACCGGGUGAUACAGAAACAAAAUACCAAGCGCUGUGGAUUGCCAGAGGACAUUGCGCACACGUCCGGCUUUGUUGCUAGUCCCGAAGCCGCAUUCACUACUGGGCCAAUUUUUGAUGUGAGUGGCGGGGAAACCUUUUAUCAGACUCAAUACAACGAAAUUGUGUUUCAUAAUGGAAGACCUCAAGAAACGAACAAUAAGGGACUUUUGCGCCAUGGUAUGUAG